CGACCGUGUACGGUUUGAAGUGAUCUAGUUCGUCAGUAACACAGACCACGUUCACAAUGCAAUCGCUGGUGGUGUUCUUUGCUCUCGCCGCUGUGGCUUGCGGUUCAAUCAUUCCCUUGGCGCAGCCUGCGCAUCACCCAGCGCUCGUGCUGGACCCACAUGGCCGCCCCCUGGAUACUGCUGAAGUUAUCAACGCUCGUGCCGUCCACCUCCAAGCUAAAGCCCUGGAACACGGACACGCUGCAUACGCUCCCCUCGCCCAUGCUGCCGUAGUGGCCGCUCCCGUCGCUCACGCCGCAGUCGUCGCCCCAGCAGUGGUCGCCGCUCCCGCCGCCGUGUCUCACCAAUCUCGUGUGGAUGUACACUCCAGCCCCGCCAUCGUCGCUCACGCUGCUCCCUUAGUAGCUGCUGCUCCAGUCCUCAGUGCGCACGCUCUUGCUGCUCCUUGGUUGGGUCACUCUGCCCACGGACUUGCCGCUCACGGACUUGCUGCUCACGGCCACUACCUCAAGAAGCGUUCCCUCGGUCACAUCGCCUACAGCGCACCAAUCAUCGCUCCAGCUGCCGUGUCUCACCAGUCCCGUGUCGACGUAGUCUCUAGCCCCGCUGCGGUCUCUCACGCCGUUGCUGCCCCAGUUCUCGCUCACGCCGUUGCUGCACCAGUGGUAGCCCACGCUAUCGCCCCUGCCGCGGUAUCUCACCAAUCUCGCGUUGAUGUGCGCACCAGCCCUGCCAUCUCCGUGGCUGCAGUUGCCCCCUUAUCCCACAGUAUCGUAGCUGCUCCUUACAUCCACUCUGCUUCUCUUCUCCACGCCGCUCCUUUGGCGCAUGGUGCCGGUCACUUAGUUCAUGGUUGGUAAAGAGCAAACCUGGCGAACUCAUAUUAAUGCAAUUAUUAAAAUAAUAAAAAAAAUAUUUAUAAAGAAUAAAAUAUUAAAUAAUAA